AACAGUGUGACCUAGAGGUUACCCUCAGGAUCCCUUAGCUAGUCCAAAAACAGAAAAGGUAUUGCGUGAAAGAAGAAGAUGGCGACAGGCGCACUGUGAACACCUUUCCCAAGCCUCGUUUUGCACCAGUGCGGGGAAAAGGACCCCUGUGUAAGGGAGGACACGCCUUUUCGCCUGGCUUUCUAGGCUCGUGUCGAUUCCUUUCCUCGUCUGUCAGUCACUGCCGGGAUGUUCGUUUCCUGCGAUGGCUCGGCGCGUCCUGACUUCAAAGACUUCACGCUCCUUAUGCCAGCCGUAUCAGUGGGAAACAUUGGCCAGCUGGCCAUUGAUUUAGUCAUUUCAACUCUUAGGAUGACCAAAGUUGGUUACUUUUAUACUGAUUGCCUUGUGCCAAUGGUUGGAAAUAAUCCAUACGCAACAACAGAAGAGAAUGCAACUGAACUGUGUAUAAAUGCUGAAGUGUAUGCAAUGCCUCCUAAAGAGCUGGUGGUUCUACAGAUCAGAUCACCAUUCAUAAAGAAUAAAUAUAGGCACUUCUGUGAAACGCUGCUGUCCUGGGUGAAAAGCUGCAGAUUUGCCAAAGUUGUUCUUUUGUCCAGCAGUCAUGCUUACCAGCGUAAUGAUCAUCAACUUCGCACUACUUCACUGCGAUACUUGCUUUCACCUGCUGUUCCAAAACCAGUUCAAGAUCUGAUGCAAAGACUGAACUGGAGAGAAUUGGAGAGAGUGGCAGCUUUCCCUGGAGUAAAUGAUGAUGAGAAAGUGUUCCACAUUCCAGGAGGUGGCAUUACAAAGCUGUUGUUCACUGAAAGUUGUUCAAAAGGAAUACAAAUGGUGGUUUUGCUGAAAUUUUGUUCGGAGGGUGACAAUAUCCCAGAUGCACUUGUUCUUGCUGAUUAUCUUAAUGAAUGGCUUCAAGUAACUACAUACCAACAGAGUGGCUGUUCUUCCGCUCAGUCUUCCAAAUGGAAAAUGCCAAGUUCCUGGAAACUCCUCUUUGGCAGUGGCCUUCCACCUGCAUUGUUUUAAAUCCAUCUUACCUUGUGUGUAGCCACCUUGUACAAAAUUCAAGUUUUCUGUUUUUAUUUUGAUAUAGUCUGUAAUUGCCAUUGUGUAACCUCGUAUAAAAUAUAAUUACUACAAUCUAGUUAAGCUGACACUUUAGUAUGCUUCAAGGAAUGCAUAAACAUACUCAGUAUUUUUCAGAAAAACUUUUGUUAACUUCUGGUUUGCUGUCUGUCAAACUAUUUAAAACAUUUCCAGACUUCUACAAAUUAUUUAAAUAAUUUUCUAGCCUUGGCCAUUCUAGUUAAGAAUCAUCCAGAAAGUCUCUUUACACAUACUGACUUUACAGUUUUCCACCACCAUCCGUUAGGCAGUGUAAGCUAUAGGUAUCAGUUGCAGCAGCCAGAGCCUCCAAUAUAAAAGGUUAAAUUCAGCAGUUUUAACUUUUCUGACAUUUUCAUAGGGCUAGAAUGUCCCCUGAAUCCAUGCUGCCUUGUAUCCAUACUGUCCUUACUUAUUGAAAUGGAACACUUUACAGCAGUAUCAGCCUUUGGGAUGUAUAAUGCAACUAAUGAGUAGAGUCUGCUUAAGGAAGCCAAAAUAUUAAGACUUUGUAUGUGAACAAGUUAUUAAUUUUGAAUUCCAUCUAGGGCAAGAGUUUAGUUGAUCUACUAUGUUUACUAAUUUUAUAUUGGUUGCAUGUUUGCAUAGACCGUAAUGCAUCUUUUUACGCAAUAAAUGGAUAAUUGACAUGUGUCCAAUAUUGGCAUUAAGCCCCUGUGAGCUUCAGCCUAUUUCAGAGGAAGUACAGGUCGCAAUUUGGAAUGGUUCACUCUAUGUUUUUAGAGCUUUAGGUUAAAAUAAAGCCAUGUUAAAACCUGGGCUUGCUGAUAACAUAUACUGGAAAGGAGGUGUGGUAUCUAGAAAGUUCCAGGAUUAUGUAAUUAUGGCCAGCAGGGGACAAGUACAUCAACAAAUGAAAAGACGAUUGUUAAAUGUGCAUCUUCUGUUUGGAUAAAUUAAAAUGUGGGAGUUUUUAAAAGAAAUCAUGCCCCUGGUGGUUUUCUUAAAACUUAUUUUUUUACAAGAA